ACAUCUGCUGCCGACAUGUCCAGCAACUGCUGCUCCAGAAGCUUCUCCUCCAGCUCCCUUGGGAGUGGCCUGCGGUACCCAGUCUCCAGCAACUUGGUCUACAGCACUGACCUCUGCUCUCCCAGAACCUGCCAGCUGGGCUCCUCUCUCUACUCGGGCUGCCAGGAGACUUGCUGCAAACCCAUCAGGUGCCAGACUUCCUGUGUGAUGUCCAGUCCCUGCCAAACCUCUUACAACCUCCCAAGAUCCUUCAUCUGCACUAGUCCCUGCUGGCCAACUUACACUGGGUCUCUGGGCUGUGGUUCCAGUAGCAGCUGUUCUCUGGGCUAUGGAUCCAGAAGUUACUACCCACUGGGCUGUGGAUCUCGUAGCUUUAGGGCCCUGGGUUAUGGUGUUUGUGGCUUGCCGUCCCUGAGCUAUGGAUCCAGAUUUUGCUACCCUACCUGCUUUGCCUCCAGGAGUUGCCAAUCUUCCUGUUAUAGGCCAAUCUUUGGAUCAGGCUUUUAUCAAUAUACUUAUUAAGUGUUAAAAUCCUUCAAAGUCUACUCAUACAUCCACACUUUUAAUUCUCACCACUUCCCAUUAUUCUCUUAUUGAUUGUUAUCUAUCUGCUAUGUCAGUAACUUUUGAAAGACUCUAAAAUUAAUGUGUAACUACAUCAAAUUACAAUAUAUAUCUCCUACUGGUCAAAUAUACGUUGUUGGAUGUUCAGUGAAGUACAUUUGAAAAUAAAAAUUUCAAUCUGAUAAAUUUGUGUAAUUUAA